AAACCAAAUUAGGGUUAGGUUUAGUUAGAUGUAAUACAGCCUAGCUUUGAUUCAUUUGUCUCCUAAGAGUACUUUGCGUAGCGAAUGCUUGACCAGAUUUAACUAAUAAAUUACCAUAAAAAUGAUUAGGUAUAAAGACCGCAGUAAAAGCAAUACUGACAAUGCCAAUUCUAUACCCUCGCAGCUCUCUGUCAAUUCCUUAUUAUGCAUCCAUUUGCAAUUUUUAUAUUCCGAUAACAAACAUGCAUUACCAUCUAGCUAUCUGACCCAACAUUAAUUCCCAAUGGCCUCAAAGUACCAUUUCAAUUUCACUCUCUUCUUUCUUUUCUUAUUCUCCACUUCUUGUUCAAGGUUUUUUUCAUCUUCUUGUUUAGAAACAGAAGCAGAAACAGAAUACUACCAAUGGGUUUCUUGGAAUGUUAAAAAUCAUAGGAGGAGAUCGAUCUUGGAGAGCUCUCUUGAUGACAAGCUAAGGAAAGCUGAAAUGAACAGUGUCAGAAUAACAGUUAACCAAAAUGGCCCUGGAGAUUUCAACACCAUCGGAGAUGCUAUUAAAAGCAUUCCGUCACGUAAUACCAGGAGAGUUAUAAUAGCUAUCAAGCCAGGCGUUUACAGGGAAAAGAUUUCCAUCCCAAGAACAUUACCCUUCAUUACGUUUUUAGGGGAAUCAAGUGAUCCACCUAUUAUAACUGGUAAUGAUACUGCAUCAGUUAAUGGAAAAGAUGGGAUGCCAUUGAAGACAUUUCAAAGUGCAACUGUUGCUGUUGAUGCUAAUUAUUUUGUAGCCAUUAACAUAAUUUUUGAGAACACAGCCCCUCAUGAGAUUGGAUCGAGAGGAGGACAAGCUGUGGCACUUCGCAUAUCAGGUACCAAGGCAGCAUUUUACAGUUGCAGUUUUUAUGGGAAUCAAGACACUCUUUAUGAUCACAAAGGCCUUCAUUAUUUCAAUAAUUGCUUCAUCCAAGGCUCUGUCGAUUUCAUUUUCGGCUCUGGAAGGUCCCUUUACCAGAAUUGCCGUUUAAAUUCCGUAACCAAGAAGGUGGCCUCUCUCACAGCUCAAAAGCGCAAUAAUUCUUCAUUAGAAAGCGGAUUUUCCUUCAAAGAUUGUGUAGUAACGGGGAGUGGGUUGGUCUAUCUAGGAAGAGCUUGGGGUGAUUAUUCCAGGGUUGUUUUCUCUUACACAUACAUGGAAAAGGUAGUUCUUCCUCAGGGUUGGAAUGAUUGGGGCGACCAAAAGCGUGACGCGAGGGUGUUUUAUGGAGAAUACAAGUGCAGUGGGCCUGGAGCCAACUACACAGGAAGAGUGCCAUGGGCAAGAAUUCUGACAGAUGAAGAUGCUAAACCUUUUAUAGGGACUUACUAUGUUGAUGGAGACACUUGGCUCAUUUCUCCUAGAGGAAUUGAGUGUUGAGAGGUUUACAAUAGUGGAAGAUAUCUUAUUGUUAAAUAAAAAUAAGGUUAUGUUGUGCUUUAAA